UCACAAGAUGGCGAUUUCGGUGUUUGGAUGUAAGGAGUAAGUCGGAGCUCAAGAGCGUUCACUACAUUUGUACGUCAGGAUCUGUCGGCGCGCUCAUACGGGACUCAUAUGUGAUCACAAGUGAAUAUUCAGUCGUUGGUGUUCAGUUGUUGUCUUUGGACUCGGUAGAGAUCAAAGUUAAGCUCGACAACAGCUUGGACAUUGGACAUCAAAAGCCGCUGUUUUGAGAAUAUAUAAGGAUAUUUAUCAGGCACAUUCCACAUGGAUAUCAGGAUAAAAGGUAGAUUGUGUCAGUAGUUAAAACCUUUGUCCAUCGGGAUCACUGCAAGCAAUGGCCAUCCAUGUGUUUGAUAAUGAUGAGUACAGACCCCCUGUGUGGAAAUCCUAUUUGUACCAGCUCCAGCAGGAGGCGCCACAUCCACGCAGAGUCACCUGCACAUCUGAGGUGGAGAAUCGGCCCAAAUACUACGGACGAGAGUAUCAUGGGAUGAUCUCCAGAGAGGAAGCAGAUCAACUGCUCAGUGUGGCUGAAGGGAGUUAUCUCAUCAGAGAGAGCCAGAGACAACCGGGCACAUACACCUUAGCCUUACGUUUUGGGAAUCAAACCCGAAACUUCCGACUCUUUUACGAUGGAAAGCACUUUGUGGGGGAGAAGCGCUUCGAGUCGAUCCACGACCUGGUGACGGACGGUCUCAUCACGCUGUACAUCGAGACCAAAGCAGCAGAGUACAUAUCGAAGAUGACCAUCAACCCCAUCUACGAGCAUGUGGGCUACACCACCCUGAACCGAGAGCCAGCACUGAAGAAAGCCCCGCCCGUCUGCAGAGACACACCCGAUGGCAAGGACGCACCCGCAGAAGAGACGGGUCUGGAGGAGAGGCUCACGUCGCUGGUCCGCCGAGCCACGCUGAAGGAGAGUGAACGCGCACCCAAGUAUGAGAAAGUCCACAACUUCAAGGUGCACACCUUCAGAGGGCCACACUGGUGUGAGUACUGUGCCAACUUCAUGUGGGGACUCAUCGCUCAAGGAGUCAAAUGUGCAGAUUGUGGCUUGAACGUUCAUAAGCAAUGCUCCAAGAUGGUGCCAAAUGACUGUAAACCAGACCUGAAACACGUGAAGAAGGUUUACAGCUGUGACCUCACUACUCUCGUCAAAGCUCAUAACACAAAACGACCCAUGGUGGUGGACAUGUGCAUACGAGAGAUCGAAUCACGAGGUCUGAAGUCAGAGGGUCUCUAUCGGAUCUCUGGGUUCAGUGAUUUAAUUGAAGAUGUGAAGUUGGCUUUUGACAGAGAUGGAGAGAAAGCAGAUAUCUCACUGAACGUGUAUGAAGACAUCAACAUCAUCACAGGUGCUCUUAAACUCUACUUCAGGGACCUGCCCAUCCCUGUCAUCACGUAUGACGCUUAUCCACGCUUCAUCGAGGCUGCCAAGCUGACAGAUCCAGAUGAGCGUUUGGAAGCGCUGCAUGAAGCUCUGAAGCUGCUUCCUCCAGCUCACUGUGAAACGCUACGAUAUCUAAUGGCACAUUUAAAAAGGGUAACUCAGAAUGAGAAAGAUAACCUGAUGAACGCUGAGAAUCUGGGGAUCGUAUUCGGGCCAACCUUGAUGCGAGCGCCUGAUCUGGACGCCAUGACGUCUCUGAAUGACAUCCGCUAUCAGAGGCAGGUGGUGGAGUUGCUCAUCAAGAAUGAAGACAUCCUCUUUUAGUCGGGAAUUAACCAAGAGACUCUGAGCUGCGUUCUUCUACUUUGAUUCGGUCUGGACUUGAAUAUGAAAGACUCUUUUAUUAUAGUAAAUUCUGACAUGUACCUGUCUCUUCCCUGUCUGGACUAUGUUCCUGUAUCUUGCAUGUCUUUCUCCCCAUUUUUGUCGGGGGUCACUGAAGCUGAAAUUUGGAGCUCAGUGUGAGCGUGGUGUACUUCAGCAUUGUUAUGGGAUUGUUCUGACUUCUGCUGCAUGCGGCCAAAAGUGCUGGAGUCCGGCAGAUCGUACUUCUUGUUGUUCCUUUCGCACAACGAGCUGGAGUUUUUGUUUUGUAUUUGUGAAACAAAUGUGAAUGUGGAUAUAAUAAAGUGAUUUUUGGAGGCACUUUAUCUGAAUAGCUGUAAAUAUGGUGACACAUUGUGCAGACAUAUGGUAAUGACUCUUCAUAUGUUAUAAAUAAACUCUUUUUUUCGUUUAUAAUGCUCAUUCACUUAAUCUGUCAAUCAAGCUGAGGUUGUGUACUCGUGUUUGAGAGGUUUGUUAUUCAUGCAAGUAUAUGCUUUGAAUGUUUAAUUUAUGGCUCUACAGGUAAAGCAUCACCAGUGAUUUUUAAAACUCUUAUCUGUUAUGUGUUUAUAUUUUGUUUUGGUUUUUUUUAAUCUGACUCUGCUCUGCCUUUACACACCAGACGUCUUCAUGUGAAUCGGAAGAAUUAUUAUUUCUACUGUAGAGAUUUACAAUCCAUGUACAUUUCAGAAUUCAUGAUCGUAGAUUUGCCUUUAUAAAACCCUUUUGCACUCUCAACAAGUUGAUGUUAUUUCAUUCUAUGUUUUUGUAUUUGUUUUGAGCAUGAAUACAUUAAUUUAAUAAAAUGUACUUUUAGUA